AUGCAAAAACGAAUUCCUGGAAAUGGCACCAAAGAAAAGAUGGAAUGGACUGUUCAGUCAAAGAUCGAUUUCGAAAACUACAAAACAUUCAACUUUAGACGAUCGCCUCCACCGUCCACCAGGGCCUGCUCACUCUGCUCUACUUUUUCUAUUUUCUCUUCAAGGGAAAUCCCGAAUGGAAAUGUGAACGAGAACGAGAGAAAGAAAUGGAGAAAAUUCGGCAAAAGAUUUGCUGUGUCGAUUGUCAGCCAAGUCAAGAUUGCUUUGAGCACAGAAGAAAAAAAUAUUGACCUCCGAUCACAAGAACAUGGCAGAGGAGCAGCGACCACGGUCAAAGAUUGGUUCUCAAAAGCCUGGUCAUCCGUUUCGAAAGCGGCGGGGAAAGUGUGGGGCGGAGUGAAGAAAGGUUUCUCGUGGGUGUGGACAAAAGUGAAGGAUUUUUGGAAUUGGUUGAGCCGAAAGUGUGGAAAUGCCGUCCCGUUCUUCAAAACGGUCCUUUUCACGGCGAUUCCUGAACAAGAGUUGCCUCCACCUGCAUAUCCAGCCGGCUUCCGACCAGUUCAUUUCGAUUCGGAUGAGCGAUCGAUGAGCGAAGAGUUGAGCUUCAAAGAGUUGCCACCGGUACAACAAACUAAUCCAAGACUUCCACCAAUUCCACCACCCCGCCCGAUCACCCCAUCUUUGAAAGUCACUGAGGCUCAGGAUGAGGAGAAAGAAGAGAAUGAGCAUGAGUCAAAGAAAUCCCUCCCCUCCUCUCCACCGCCAAUUCCUAUUGAAACCUAUAACAUUGAAAACAAAACAAAAACUCCAGCACCGAAUGUCCCUUCAAAGCCACCAAUGCAUGUCGAAUUUCAUGAAGAGACGACAAAGGCUUAUCAGGGAAAUGACGGCGCAGCAGCUAGAAUCUCCUAUAUUCAGCAGCCAAACAUCGACUUAUCCCAAUACACAACGCGAAUCGGAGGAAUCGGACCAUCACGAAGCGAAGCAACGAACGAAACGACAACUAACAUUCGAACAACGAGAGAAGGAUCGAUUGGACCGGCGAUUGAGGGCGGAUUCUAUUCACAACGGACAUAUGGAGAUGGAAAAACUCCAGUGGCUGAAGAGCGGAAAUCAGCGACCUCACCGGUUGGUGGGAAUGUGAAAGGAGCUGUGCCAAUGUUGCCCGUAUCGGUUCUUGAACAAAUGGCCGCUUCUGUUGAAACUUUUGGUGAACGAACUGAGAGGAAAUCGGCUACAGUGACGGAGAGAGUACGCGAGGCGAACUCGAAGACACCCGUUCCUUUUGAGGGACGAAAAACUCCGGUGUCGUUUGAGCGACGCGUGGAAAGCCAGGAAACGAAAGUGAAGCGAGAAUCAUCAAUGCCACCGCAGGUUGUGAGUCGAAUCGAGAAUUCGACCAACGACGAACCGCAAUUUAUCUUCAGAGCCAAAGCACCGGCUAGCUUCAACCAGGAAAACAAUUUUGAUUUAAAUGGAUACUUGAUGGGGCACAGUGUUUAUAGACCGAUUCCCGAAGCUGAGCGGAUGAGAAAUACGAUCAAUAGGCGUGACACUUUCCAUCUUGGAGGAGCGAAUGUAAACUCCCGGAUUCGUGGCUGGCCUCCACCAUCAAAUACGACACCGAUGGAUAUCAGUAAGGAUUAUUGGCUGAAUGGAGACUCGACAAUGUCAUGUUAUGAUCGAAAUGGAGAUCUUGUCACGACGAAGCUCAAAAGAAUCUCCGAAAAGACGACUGAGGACAACUGGAAAUGGAGAGAUCACAAUGGACGGGUUGUUGACGAGAAAUCGGAGCGAUCGUGGCAGGGUGAUUUGGAUGGAGAUGACCAA